AUGGUUCACGUCUCCUUUUGGGACUUCGCUAAAGGCCAAUGGACUGCAGCCCCCCCGGUAGAGAAAGCUGAUCUGACAGGGAAGACUGUUGUCGUAGUCGGCGCGAAUACUGGGAUAGGAUACGAAGCUGCGAAGCAUUUCGCUUCCAUGAACCCUGGCCGACUAAUCAUGGCCUGCAGAAGUCAGGAAAGGGGGACUGCUGCAGUGACAAACCUCAAAAAGAGCACUGGUUUCGACAGGGCUGAGCUGUGGUUAGUCGAUCUUUGCAGCUUUGCCUCCGUCCAAGCGUUCGCAGACAAGUUCGAGAAAGAAGUCGAGCGUAUUGAUAUAUUGGUUGCGAAUGCGGCUAUCAUCCCUCGCGCGUACGAGGUCACCAAGGAUGGAUGGGAGACAUCGCUCCAAGUCAACUAUUUGGCUCCAGCACUUCUCAUCUUUCUCCUUCUUCCAUUGAUCCUCAAGACGGCGGAAAUCUCUACUUCCAUUCCGCGCGUCGUUAUUGUUGGCAGCGAGGUCCACCAACAAGGAGAAAUACCGCAGAAGAUUUUUGAAGCACCCUCAGCGAUUGAGGCGCUUAGCAGUAGAGAGUUUUGUACUCCUUACUCUCCUAGCCCAAAAUACUACCUAUCUAAGCUGCUUAACAUCCUCUUCACGCAAGCGUUGUCUAAUCAUCUUCCACCCACCCACCCAACAAUAAUCGUCAACUGCAUCAAUCCGGGAUUUUGCCACUCAGAACUUGCUCGUGGAGUGUGGAACCCUGUUUUCUUGCUGUUCCGCUUUCUACUUGCUAGGCCGGCGGAAGAGGGUGCACGCCAACUCAUAUGGGGGUCAGUGGGCGUGCCAGACGAGUCCCAGGGUGGCGUAGAGUCGCUCAAAGGAGCCUACGUCCAUUUUUCGAAAGUCACGGAGCCAAGCGACUUCGUUAUCAGUGAGAAGGGACAAGAGUUCAAAGAUAUACUCUGGGUAAGAAAUUUACGAUUUUAUGACGUCGACGGUUGGUUAACGGGCAGCCGCUUUUUCUUAGAGCGAUAUACAGUUGAUUAUCUCAUAUUGCAUACCGUCGGGAGACAUCCUGGGCCAAUGCAUUAUGAGAAAUAUGCAAUGCGAAAUUGUCACAUUGUGUGA